UCAUGGCGGAGAAUCACUGCGAGCUGCUGCCGCCGGCCCCGGGCGGCCUCGGGGCGGGGCUGGGGGCCGGCCUGUGCCGCCGCUGCAGCGCGGGGCUCGGCGCCCUGGCCCAGCGCCCCGGCGGCGUGUCCAAGUGGGUCCGGCUCAACGUCGGCGGCACCUACUUCCUCACCACCCGGCAGACGCUGUGCCGGGACCCGAAAUCCUUCCUGUACCGUCUGUGCCAGGCCGACCCCGACCUGGACUCGGACAAGGAUGAAACUGGUGCCUAUUUAAUCGACAGAGACCCCACAUACUUUGGGCCUGUGCUGAACUACCUGAGACACGGGAAGCUGGUCAUUAACAAAGACCUCGCAGAGGAAGGAGUGUUGGAGGAAGCGGAAUUUUACAAUAUCACCUCACUAAUAAAACUUGUAAAGGACAAAAUUAGAGAACGAGACAGCAAAACUUCCCAGGUGCCGGUGAAGCACGUAUACCGUGUGCUGCAGUGUCAGGAGGAGGAGCUCACCCAGAUGGUGUCCACCAUGUCUGAUGGGUGGAAGUUCGAGCAGCUGGUCAGCAUCGGCUCUUCCUACAACUACGGGAGCGAGGACCAGGCGGAGUUUCUCUGCGUGGUCUCCAAGGAGCUGCACAACUCCCCGUACGGCACGGCCAGUGAGCCCAGUGAGAAAGCCAAGGGCCUGUCUUAGAGGUGUCGGCUUAGGAACAGACAGCACUGCCCCCACGUAUGUUAGCCUUCCCGAGGUGGCCGUCUUCACGGAGCUCGUGGCAGCUUGUCCUCACAGCAUGAAGAAGUCGGGUGUCUUCACGAGGGGUCGAUUGUCCAGUACCCAGGAUGUCCCCACCCUGGCCCGCAGCACCGUAGCUGCACACGUGGCGUUGAGGCCCCUCCGCCUCCCACCUGGGUCAGGACCACAUCGACGGUGCUGGGCCUGGGGAUGUGCUGCCCAUUGAGUCUUGGGUGACCGAGCCCCCCGAGCUCCCAGUCUCAUAAGGAGGCACAUCUCUCUGAGCAGUUGCAGAAUUCUGUAAGUUGUUCAUUUUUAGAGACUUUGAUGUUUGAACUUGGAAAGUUUUACCGGGGUGGUGUCCUGAGCUCACUUCCCUCCGGUGGCUUUUCUGCUGCAGAAAGGCUACGUCUGUGCUCUGAGGAAGCUCCAGGCACAACCACAAAUCCCUUUGCUUUUGAAAAUGUAGCCCGGUUUUUCUCUCCAAAAAUACCUGGGUCUGAAGUGUGAUAGCUGCUUUGGUUUCUAAAUGAGGGCCGUGCCGGGAGCUCCCCAAGAGGCCAAACAUGGUCGGGGUCCCCGGAACACCAUGGAAAACCAUCAGGGCUGGAUUAGGGGUUGUGACUGGGGACACCGUGUGCAGCCUGGUUCUAGCAGUGCUGCACCCGUGAGGGUGGCGAGUGUCAGCCUCCCGGCUCCAGGCAGGCGUCGGGCAGGGAGCUUAGUGAUUAGUGAGGACAAUGGUCCACACAAGGGUGGUUCGCUUCCACCGCCGGCCGCCAGCUCAGGGGCUUCCCAGACCCCUCCACCCAUCCGAGAUUUGCUGGGAAGGCUUGCAGAACUCGCUGACUGAGGGGACCCUGGGGUGUGGUUUGUCGUCAGGAGUAUAGAGAGCGAGGGCUCAGGUCCAGCAGGGCAGAGCAUGGGGCAGAGGCCCGGAGACCUGUCAGGUGAGGGCUCCUCUGCGGGGUCUUGACAGGCGGCGCUAGCACGCAGAACAUUGCCCACCAGGGAUGUCACCCACCUCCGUGUCCAGGGAUUUUACUGCUCUCGGUGACACAGACGAGAUUGAUUGAUAACUGAUCGAUGACUGCCUGCUUGACUGAUCAGUUUCCUGUUCCCUGGCCAACUGACCUCACCCCUGUCACGUUCUUAGACUGUCCACUGUGGCCCGGAGGUCACUGCCUCUCUGGAGCCAGCAGUAAAGGCCACACCUCUAUUGGGGCAAGGUUCAGUUCCUCACUAGAAAGAGGGAGGGCAGAGUAGAGCCCUAGGAGUGCCAGGCUCAGGAACAAUCGGGUGCUUUCCUCUGUGGCAUGUCUGCACGUGUGGGUUCAGGACCCAGGACCCCCGACACGAGGCUGGUCCGCCUGUGCAGAGGGCAGAGGGCGUUCCUGCCCCCGAGCACCCAUACUUGCCACCACCUUGGGGAAACGGCCUCUGUGGGUGGGCUCCCCAGCCGCCACCCCGUCCCAGCCUGCACUGACGGUGCCCUCUCUUCUUCUCCCUUGCCGCAUGCUGCGUGCCGAGCCAGAGUGACGACGAGGAGACGGGUCACGAUGGGGAUGAUUCAGAUUAAGUGUAAAUGUCAUGGUGAGCUCUGUCACCCUUGCAUUGACCACUCACCUUAGCCUCCUUGACCCCAGCCCUUCCUCUGCUGCACUUUCCCAUACCUGUAGUGGACAGAGAACCUUCUGCGCUAGAAGCUGACUGUAGAUCUCUGGUGGAGCCAGCUGUCUAGGGUGGAGCUAUAGUCUGUUUCCUUUAGGAUGUCCACGUGGGUGGCCUUGGGACCCAGGCUGGGGUGCACAAGAACCCCAUGUGUCAGUUGCUGAAAGGACCUCAUCGCUGUGGGUGUCAGUGGGCAAGGACACAGGCCUACCCAUCCUGUCACAAUGCCACGGACUCAGGGCCACAGAGCCAGGGCUGUGCCUUAGGGGGGGACCUCAGUCCUGACACCAAAGCCUCAGGAGUGGGAUGCUGAUAGAGAGGAGUCUCUGACGACCUUCUUUCUGUUUGCCCUGUGAUGAGGGACUCCGCAAACACGUCCUGGUCCCCAACUGCUGCUCACAUCCCUGCUGUGUCCCGUCCCUCUUCCCACUGUCCAGGUCCAGAGCCCAGCUGUGCUCACCAUUAGCAAGGGCCACUGUUCUGUUCCCUCAUCUUGCACACGGGGAGUCGAGGCCCAGAGAGGGCAGGUUGUAGGUGGGCAAGCCACACAUCAUCCAUGGUGCUCCCCUGCUCCCUCCAGAGUCCUCCCUCCCUACCCGUGUCAUGGACCAAGCCGUGCAGAUUGGGGGCUCCUCAGCCUCUGCUCUGGGAGCUCAGGAAAGGCAUGUGGCCAGCUAAGCCCUGAAAGGUUGACCGUCCCGCUGUGAGAGGUCUGGACUGGAGAUUGCAAAAUAAGAGUGGCAUUUACGUUUUCAGUUAUCUUUUUGAUGAUUUUAUACAACGUUCUCAGUCUUGCCUCUUGAUCCACCCGUCUUCAAGUAUUUGUCACCUGGCUCUCCAGGAGUUUACCAAGCCUUGGUCUGGAGGAGCACAGGCCAGGAGAUAGGCAGAAUGAGUCCCAUCUGUUGCUUCAAACUUCCUAGUAGCCACGUUGAGAAAGUCAAAAGAAACUUGAAUAUAAGCUAACAGUAUUGAUUCAGCACAUGGAGAACCUCCAGAAUCAUGGGGGUAUUUUGCUUUCGUCACUCAAGACUCCAACCUGGUGUGUAGUUUGUGUCUGUGGCCCAGCUCUGCUGGGAGUGGUCACUCCUCGGGCUCAGCAGCCUCGUGCGCAGCAGGCACCAACCUGGCCCAGCUGGAAAGUGAGUGGUGCUAGCAGCCUGUGGUCAGAGCCCGGCUGCACCCUGGGGGAACCCGUGUGAGCACAGGGGAACCAGCUUUCGCAGAAGCCACAUCGGUGGCCCCAACUCACUGGGCUGUGGGAGGGGAGGUGCGGGCUGGUCAUAGAGCAGCCGUGGGGCGGGCCCUGCCUUCGCACGAUGACACGGUGCACCUGCCUGGGCAUGUCAGGCUGUGCUGCUACUCAAGGGACACAGCUGGUCCCUGUGGUCGGCUCAGGCCCCGCCUUGGGAGGCAGCCCGGGGAAGAGGCUUUCCCCGACAGAUGGGGUUGUGGCUGACACAGGCCCUAGGGGUGGUGUUCCAUCCUCGUCAGGAGGUAGUUAUUGGGGCUCACUCUGGUGGGCGGCAUUCCGGUUGCUUGGGCUUCCUCUCCACUGUGGACUCAGAAACUCUCCUCAGCAUGGUUUCCAGCUUGCCCUGCAAACAGCAAAGAUGACGGGACUGGGGCCAGCACCGCAGGAACAGUGGGGACCUGCGAGGGCCGAUGGAGUGCAUGUGACCCUCCUGCAUCAGCUCCCCCAGACCACAUCCCUCUGACAGGGGUCUCCUGGACUUUUCCCUAAACCUAGGGGCCUGAGGAGGGAUGUUCAAUCUGGGGCGCUGCUUCUCCAUCACAGAUGAGGCUGCACCUCACAGGGAGUGAAGCGGGGUCCCAGGAGAUGGGCGCAGUGGGCAGGAGAGCAUGAGAGCAUGUCAGGCAGCUGUCCCGGAGCCCUCGGAGCCUUGGCGGGCACAUCCAGGGGCUGGCAGGGGUGUGUAGGGCACCAGGGCACAGGCUGGAGUGACCCUCAACAACCUGUGCCUUCCUGAGUGGUUCAGAACAAGUGCUUCAUGGAUGUGAGUGCCCAGGGCCUCUGCUCCUGUGACCACGGUGUCCUGGGCAGCCACCCUGGCCUGGGAGCAGGAGGGCGAGGCCUCACUGGGAGGCAGGGAGCCUCUUUCUGGCCAGAGUGUCUCUGUGGACCUGGUCCUGGUGUGAGCAGCCUGGUACCUCCCAGGGCACAGUCCCACGCUGUGCGCAUGUCCAGGGCUCAGAAACGGUGUCCCUAGGGCCCCAUCUCUCUCAGCUCUGGCAUUCAGGCAGAAGAUGACCCCUGGAGGCUCGCUUUCACAUUGCCUCCUACAGCACUGGCCUUGGCUGGGUUGAGCCAAGCUGGGACUCGGGGUGUUUCUCCUGGUUACCUGGUGCUUCAUAGCCAUACUGCGCAUGUGGAUUUAAACAGCAAGAGAUGUGCGGACUCUGAAGCCCCCACCUGGGGACACAGUGGUCCUUUCCCCUCUACCUGGGCUGUGGGGUUCAACUCUCUAGGGGUUGGCCAGUGCUCAGACCUCUAGAAGCCCCCAGCCUGGUUUGGGGGUGGACAGGAUACACAGAUUUCUGGGGCUGAAGGAAGUUGGGGGCUCUGCUCUGUCCCUGAGAUGCCGAGGGGGAGGGAGAAGGACAGGGUCAGGCAUGGUGGCCAAGAGGCCAUGGACUCUGCAGGGGCUGGUGCCCUUGAGGCAGGGAGGCCAGCGCACUGAGGAGCACGAUGUGAGCCCUGCAGGCUGAACCGGCGGGUGUGGAGGUGAUGGGGUAGUUCUGGGAGCUCAAGUCUGUGUGUUGUGGGGCUCAGGCCGGGUUUGUGACGGGUGUGAAGAGGAACGGGUUGAGGUGCGGACCGCUGGUGCCCUGAGGGCGCUGGCUGUACACACGUCUGCAGCCCAGAUCUAUGUAGGCUGGAGCCUCGGGGGUUGUUGCCUGUCAGGUGAGCUGUUGAACCCCCAGGGGGGCUCUGUCACCCGCAGAAGGCAAGCAAGGGCGGCCAUCAGGGGAGCUGGCUGCCAGGGACCUCUGGGCGCUUAAUAAGGAGCCAUGACCCCCACCCGUGUCUCAGGCUGGCUGCUGUGGUGGGAGGUGGGGGCACAUACGUCUGUCUUGGGCUGGGAUGGAGAGCUGGAGGGCAGGCUCUGCAGCAAGGGUCUGCGCCUGCUGGCUGGGCCGACUUCCAGCCUGUGCUUGGCCCCCUGAGCCACCUGCAGGCAGACUUAAGGUCUUGGGCCCUGCUCCCGGAGCAGGUGCUUCGCUUCAGGGUCUCUUGGCUCCCAGCUGGCCACAAGGUGCAGCCCCGUGCAGCACCCAGGUCCUCAUUGUCUG